GCGACAUCACGUUUUGUGAUUGGAUGUAGCGGUUGUGCUGCGGGAUGAUAGCCAAUCAUUGUUGAAGGGUGAACUGCGCGUGCUGCGUCCUGCAGGGCGAAACGUAUCCCCGGUGAACGAGCGGACAGCGGCGCACUCACGGGUGUCAUCAGGAUCAUUUGAAGGACUCGCUUCGUGGAUGCGUUCACGUUUCUAACGAUUUCUGAGAGUCAGAUGGUCUGAGGGUCCAAAAUGGACGUGGACAUCCCAAAAUCUCGUUUGUUAGUGAAGUACAACCCCACAUCCCUGUUUUCACAGUGGAGUGUCCCGGCUAGCCCGACACAAGUGAUGGCGGCGAUGCGAGAUGGCCCGUGGAGGAGCCUGAGCUCAGGAAAGAAAGUGGCUUUGGCUGCAGGCAUCUCUGUAGGGGCUACAGUGGGCUACCUUGUUUACCGGCACAUUAGAAGCAGCAGUGUGCAAAGCCAAAGCCACGAGGAGUCCACAAUAUCUGUUCCACUUGAUGUGUACCGAUCUAUUGCAUCGUAUCAAAGCAACUUUCUAGACAUAGUGAAUCAGAAGUCUGGUGCUCAGAUAAACGUGCUACCGAACACUGGAGAUCAAAGCUCAGUGAAUUUUCUCAUCAAGGGUUCACCGGAGCAGAUUCUUGUGGCACAGUGUGCCAUAGAGACAUUGGCCACUGACUGUGAGGUCAUCAAUGAUGUCAUUGAAGUACCCCAGACGGCAUUCGGACGGAUCAUAGGUCGUGGUGGUGAAACCAUGAAGUUUAUAAACAGGAUCUCAGGUGCCCGAGUGAACUGCCCAAGAGAUCGUGGACGCAGCUUGGAGGAGAAGGGCAAAAUUACGAUAACUGGUACUCGCAAGGAAGUUCGAAGCGCAAAGGAGAUGAUCAUGGAGAAGGUCGUGGAGAGCGAAACUGUGCGAAAGCGGAUAAGUCAGUCCUCUGCAUUACGUCAGAAGAGGAAGCCAACAGAGAUGGAGCAAUUUAACAAAACUCGAGGACCAGAGAAGGAAUUAUUAAAACUCAAUGGCAAAGAUUUACCUUCACCAGAGUCUGAUCUCAAACAAGACAGGCUUGUUAAAGUCAAUGGCUUCGUAGACGGCAAUGAUACGGCUGAACAUUCUCUCAAAUCAGAGGAUAUCCUAUCUCCAGUAUCACCUCUGGAGAUCUCAAAAUUUGAAAUCCCCAGCCCCGACCUGAGCUUCCAGCCCGAUGAGCACCUGGAAGUCUACUUAUCUGCAUCCGAGAAUCCUCAGCAUUUCUGGAUCCAGAUUUUGGGGGUCCGAUCUCUGCAGCUGGAUAAACUGACGGACGAAAUGAGCCGCUUCUAUAAUGGUGACAGCUCACAGGAACACAGAGUGGAGACCGUAAUUGUUGGAGACAUAGUGGCUGCUUCAUAUAGAGACCACGCCACAUGGAACCGUGCCCGGGUGUUGGGAAAUCUGGAUUCUGGAUUGGUGGACUUGUAUUAUGUGGACUUCGGAGAUAAUGGCGAGCUUCCACGAGAGCAUUUGCGAAGCAUGAGAAGUGACUUCUUAAGCCUCCCCUUCCAAGCUAUUGAAUGUAGUCUAGCGGGGGUUCGUCCGACAGGAGAGGUUUGGACGGAGGCUGCCUUGGAUGAGUUUGAACGCAUGACGUACUGCGCCGAAUGGAAACCUUUGCUGGCUAAACUGCACAGUUACUCUCAUUCUGAGAUCUCAUCCUGGCCCAAUGUUAAACUCUAUGAUAACAGUGAUGGAAAGACAUUGGAUAUUGGCAAGGAACUGAUUCGCCUCGGUCAUGCCAUGAGCUGUGAGGAUGAAGGGAUUGGACUGAGGGGAGAUUGGGAGUCCAGAUCACUGCAGAAGAUGCUGGACGACAUGACGGGAGCAACCUCAGAACUCAGCAUGUCCUGCAUCAGUUUGUCAGGUUCAGCACAUCCGUGGCUCAGAAACCUGGAAUGGUCAUCAAAUCUCACCGGCUCUCCGGAGGUUGAGCGUGCUGACAUCGACCAGAGCUCUGGUUUCGGUCUCCUGUCGUCUUCUCUGAUCCACUCCACUCCUUCUCAGAACUUGAGCGAGCUGGUCAGCCACAUACUCGAGUCGUCGUCUUCAGUGGUUGAACCACCAAAUCAGCUGGCCUUUGAAAACAGGAUCCAGUCUGACAACUUGACCCCGUUGUCGCCAUUACAAGUGCAGGCGGUUCACGAGAUCUCCUCCCCAUUUACAUCUCCAUCCUGUGUGGAGGCAUUGAUGUCCACCCUGGAUUCAUUCACACUGAGUGAUGAUGUUUUCAUAGGGUCGCGUCACUCGCAUCGUUCUGCCAGGGAAAAUGUGACGUCUACCGAAUCAGAAAAGACGGGCUCAUCCAGUGUUGUAGAUGGUAGUGAGAGUUUAGGGAGCAGUAACAGCAGUAAUAGCAUAAGGGGUGUGUGGUAUUACCUCACUUCCUCUAAGGAUUCAUCCGAGGCUUCUCUCAGCACUACCAUGCCUCGCUCUGGUACCACAACAUCCUCGUAUUCCACAGAAUCUUGGGGUGAGACCACCACAUCCUCUCUCUCUGUGAUUGAAAUAAGCUCGGAUUUAUCAAGUGCCGAAGAUGCCGAAAUGGCACCGGGACCUGUUUGUGCACACCAGAAUCAGGAAAUAAUCACUCUUAGUGAUAUUAGUAGUAGUAGUGAAAGUGACUUCAUUUGCAACGGCACUGAAGAACGCACAAGUGUGCCCUGUACAGAAGGAAAUUUAGAUGGUAAACCAAGCCUGAUAGACAUUGAGGGGAGGUACCAGAUGUUAAGUGCUGGCUCGAAUAAAGAUGUACAACAAAAUCAAGCUGAAAGUGGAAGUGGGGAAGAACUUCAGGAACCAAAACAAGUGGAUUUCAAAAGCAAGCCAGGCAAAGAUGGCGAUGAUGAAUCAACGAAAGAAGUCGCCUCGAUUUCUGGAAGUGUGGAUGACACUAUUGAUGAGGAGUUCAACUGACAACAGACCAAAGAUUUGUAUGCCUUGAUAUUGAGACCAGUCGCUACCUUCAUUUAGCAUUCAGCACGUGCAACCCGACGCUGAAAGAGAGCCUUACAGGAUUAUGCCACCUGAUUGGACUGACUGUAUUUACUGCAUAAUUCUCUCAAAUAAGGAUUUGUUUUGUAGCAUAAACUUCUUUGGUUUUCAUCCACUGUCCGAAGAGCAGUUGACGUUUUUUGUACCAUUUGUACUUCCUUGUUUUGUUUCAUGUACUAUGGGUGUUAUCUCAGCUCUUCUUUGGCUUUCAUUAAAUGUUUAAAGAGACUGUUGAAGAGCAGUGCUCAGGGAACUCAUGACUGAGUUAGUUAGAAACUUCAGUGUUAAUGCCGUUUUGCACCAAACUGUUACUGUUACUUUGUGUUGAGUUGUAGAUGGUUGGCAUUUUGUUUUGUUAAGUGUUAUAUCGUGACUUAAGUUUUAUUGCAAUGGUGUCCUAUGUAAUAUAUACUGUACAAUAUAAUAAAGAUUAAUAUUAUUCCUGA